AAACGAAAGAGAGGAAAAAAGAAGUCUCUUCAUUCUUCAGACCAAUCAACGAAAUACCCGCCAAGCUAUCAUUCGCACCACCGAAGAAUUAGCAAUGGCGUCCUCCCUGCUCAUGCGUUUGCCUUCGUAUCCACCGUUUCUCUCUAAUUUCAAAAGUUCAAGGGAGUUAUUGGGCGGUCUCAUGAAAGAUUUUCUUCAAUCAAACAGGCGAUCGUUGGUAAGAGGGAGGGUUUUAAUCCCUUUUCAUGGCUCUUCAAAGUUUGUGCAGACGUUAUGCCGAAUAUCAGUCCCCGGUGCAUCAUUAGGGAAUGAUGAAAAAGUGACCUCAAACUAUUUGAGGGACAAGAAGAUGGUUCCUAAUGCAGAUCCCCCAAGCCAAAAGGAUGUCCACCUUCUGUAUCAAGUUUUUGAUGAAAGUACCAAGCUUGUUGUACUAACCGGAGCUGGAAUUAGCACAGAGUGUGGGAUUCCUGAUUAUAGAAGUCCAAAUGGAGCAUACAGUUCUGGCUUUAAACCAAUUACCCAUCAGGAGUUUUGUCGUUCAAUUCGGGCUCGCAGACGGUACUGGGCAAGGAGCUUUGCUGGCUGGAGACGGUUUACUGCAGCACAGCCUGGACCUGCUCAUAUUGUUCUGUCAGCCUUAGAGAAAGCUGGUCAGAUAAAUUUUAUGAUCACACAGAAUGUUGAAAGGUUGCACCAACGUGCUGGGAGCGACCCACUUGAAUUACAUGGAACUGUAUAUUCUGUAAUUUGUUUAGAUUGCGGCUUUUCCUUUUGCCGACAUGUAUUUCAAGACCAAGUGAAGGCCCUUAAUCCAAAGUGGGCAGCAGCAAUUGAAAGUUUGGAUUAUGGAAACCCUGGAUCAGACAACAGCUUUGGCAUGAAAGUAAGGCCUGAUGGUGAUAUUGAAAUCGAUGAGAAAUUUUGGGAGGAGGAAUUCCUGAUACCUACUUGCCAAAAAUGCAAUGGAGUGCUUAAACCUGAUGUUGUCUUCUUUGGGGAUAAUGUUCCCAAGAAUACAGCUGAAAGGGCAAUGGAAGCAGCAAAAGGAUGUGAUGCUUUUCUUGUAUUAGGAUCAUCUCUGAUGACUAUGUCUGCUUACCGUCUCGUCAGAGCUGCUCAUGAGGCAGGAGCUGUUACUGCGAUUGUAAAUGUUGGAAAGACCCGUGCCGAUGAUCUUGUAUCCCUCAAAAUCAAUGCUCUCGUGGGCGAGAUAUUGCCAAGAGUGCUUGACACGGGGUCUCUCAGCGUACCUGCUAUCCUGUGAUGUCACCAGCAGAAAAGGGUAACUGGGUAUAGAGAAAUGUCUAGUGGGCUCUGCCGAGCAAGACGGCAGGUAUGGUCGGGAAAUCAUAUGCCCCUGGCUUGCCCUGUUGAAAAUUGUUGAAGCUCAAGAGGACAAAGCCCAAAGCUCUUGGGAUUAUAUUGUCAGAACUGCAUGUAUAGACACCACUUCUUUUCUGUAACAUCUUAGAUAAUUUUAGAAUAAAUAAUUCCUGGUAGUAGUUAAUUAAUUCUUGCAAAGCUUAAGAGGACAGUGAAGGAAUGCAUCCAUUUCUAUAUUCUGAAAA